UGAGACGCCGGGACGGCGGCCGCUCAGCGAUGGCGUUCCCGUAGCGGCGGCAGCGGUUUCCCUCCUUCCCCCUCCCCAUAUUCCGUCGUCAGGACCGGGUGGCGGGGCCAUGGCCAGGGGCCAGGCAGCCGCCGCCACGGCUGUGAACGGCGGGAGACGGGCGCUGCUGUUGCUGCUGCGCUCGGACGGCGCGAUCCCGCCCGCCGCCGCCGCCUCAUGUGACAGCCGCGCGCCCCUGUCCCCCGGCCGCCGCUGCCUCGGCGAUUGGCAGCGCCCGGCAGCGCCGCCGGGCUCCGGGGCGGCCGUUACGGCCGUUAACGGCCACGCCGGGUGGGGAAGGCGCGGCGGGAGCGGGAGCGGCAGGGAGAGCUGCAGACACCGCGGCGGGGAGCGGGAUGUAAGCAUCUCAGCAUCAUCGUAUUUACAAAGCAAAGGAAAUAUUUCCAUAUUGGGAAAUAGGAGGCUUUUUUUCGACACUCACGCACUGGUGUGCCUCUUGGAAGAAAAUGGGUUUACUACUCAGCAGUCGGAGGUCAUUGUAUCUGCAUUAGUGAAAAUUAUGGACACCAACCUGGAUAUGAUUUACAAGGACAUGGUCACCAAAGUACAGCAGGAAAUUGCACUACAACAAGUAAUGUCCCAUAUUGCUGGUGUGAAAAAGGACAUGAUUAUUUUGGAAAAAAGUGAAUUUUCAGCACUUCGUUCAGAAAAUGAGAAAAUAAAACUUGAACUCCAGCAGAUAAAGAAGCAAGUCAUAGAUGAAAUUACCAAAGUUCGUGCAGAUAACAAGUUAAACCUAAACCUAGAGAAAAGCAGAGUAAAAGAAUUGUACUCACUUAAUGAAAGAAAACUGCUUGAAAUGAGGACAGAAAUAGUGGAAUUGCAUGCGCAACAAGAUCGAGCUCUGACCCAAACAGACAGAAAAAUAGACACAGAAGUUGCAGAUCUGAAAACAAUGCUGGAAUCGCACAAACUUGAUAAUAUUAAGUAUUUAGCAGACAGUAUUGAGAAUGUAACCAAAGAUGUGCCUAGAAAAAAAUCAUACACAUACGUGCAUAUUUGGAACCUUACCUCUGAUGAAAGCGUGGUAUGUGGGUUUCUGCCAUUUCCCUCCAUUCUGAACUGCAGUACACCUUGCUGCUACAGAGUGUCACAGAAGUGAAGACUGGCAUUGGUACCAAUCCUAUGGGGCUGCCUGCUGGAGAGGAGAAUCCAUGGAGCUGCCUUCCAUUGCCUGUUCAGACAUGCUUUGCAGAGUCAGCUGCCUGCAUCAGGUUCAAGUCUUGGUUAUUAAUGUCAAACUGAAACUACAUGUGUCGUGGCUUGGAGGCACUCUUGUAUAAGUAGAACUUGUGUUAACUGAAUCAUGCUUACUUCCCUCCUUCUAACAUUCGGUCAUAGGGUUACUAUGAUCAUAUAUUUGUUCUACUAUUUUUAUCACAUUAUAGUUGUCAGCUUGUUUUCCAGAUGGCCGUCCAAUCAGUCAUAUUUCGUGUGCAACAAUAGCAGACUUUGCUGCUAGUUUUAUUUCUAAUAUAUUUGUAGAGGGUUUUGUGACUAACUUGCCUUUGGUCCAUAUUAGUGUCUGAUACUCAUUCCAUAUACUAACUGUUAAACUUUACCAUUGUAACUGGAAGUUUGAAAUGCAGUAAAAUACACUGGUUGUGUUCAUUUGUGGUUUAGUGAUAUGAACUGUCUCUGGUGCUGCCUUCAUGAUGGAAGGCAAUUGAUUCUGCUAGCAAGGAAAGAAAUUUUAAAUUAUGAUCAUGAAGCCAGGUCUUACACAAGGAAACUACAAUACUGACAGCCUUCUGGGGUUUUAUUGUUGUUCUACUUUAAAAAAAAAAAAAAUUUAAAAAUCCUGUUUGGUCUUCAAAUGUGGAAUUUUUAUAGUGAUUAUAAUGAAAGCAGUAAUAGAGACCUGCAAGGGUGUUUAAUCCAGUUCUGAACAAGCCCAUGUGAACUAGUAAGUACAACCGAAAGCAAUGAAGUUAUCCUGUGUAUCCAGUCUGUCAUUCUACUGAUGAAAUGACUGCUUUAGUAGCAGAGCUGCCAUCUGUGUUCCUUCAGUUAAAGGGAAUUUCCCUUACUCGCUCACUUUUAGGCAGAGAGAACAAUCUAUGCACUGGUAAUUAAUGCUGUUAGAGCACAAUCAGGGCUUUGUUUAAUGGAAGUAAAGCUGGAAACUUUGUGCCUGAGCUGUAAUAACCAUUUAACUCUGUGACUGGGAGACAACUUGGAUCAUGUGCGUGUGUGGAGGAAGAAAUGGAUGCCUGUAAUAAUACUAUACUGGCCUGAAAUAAAGAAUUUUGAACAUUUCAUACAA